CUAUUAGAUUUGGGCGAAUGCCACAAGCUGAGAAGGAGAAACUCUUGGCAGAGAUUUCAAGUGACAUCGACCAGCUGAACCCUGAGUCUGCUGAUCUGCGAGCCCUAGCCAAGCUGCUCUACGAUUCCUACAUAAAGUCUUUCCCCCUGACCAAAGCCAAGGCAAGGGCAAUCUUGACAGGAAAGACAACAGACCAAUCACCAUUCGUCAUUUAUGACAUGAAUUCCUUAAUGAUGGGAGAAGACCAGAUCAAGUGUAAACAUUUGGGCCCCAUGCAAGAACAAAACAAAGAAGUGGCCAUACGUAUUUUCCAGCGCUGCCAGUUUCGCUCGGUGGAAGCUGUUCAGGAAAUCACUGAAUUUGCCAAAAGCAUUCCAGGUUUUUGUGACUUUAUGGAGCCAAAAUUUGAAUUUGCUGUCAAAUUCAAUGCACUGGAAUUAGACGACAGCGACUUGGCAAUAUUUAUAGCUGUCAUUAUUCUCAGUGGAG